GAUCGCACCGGCCAGCACCGGUACGACCUUGUAUACCUUACCAGUAGAUCGGGGCAAUGAGCUAGGGCGAGCGCAGGCUGCCGCGCCCCAGAAGCCCACGGUGCGCGGCCGGUACGCCAAGUUCAACGGCACGAUGGACGUGACGCUGCUGGAGGCGCUGCAGGUCAACAACCCGUUCACGGCCAAGCACGGCACGAGGCUGCAGAUGUGGCAGAAUGUGGCCGAGUCCGUGGGCAUAUCCCUGUACAAGAACCCGGCGGCGUACUCAUGGCACACGUGUCGUGACCGAGUGACGGCACUGAUGAAAAUGUACACAGACGGCAAGCACGACAAGUUAUUUAAGCACGGAACGAUGGAGGAGAACGCGCGCAAGGAGACGAUUCUGCGCGAGAUCAACGAGACGCUCAUCCGGAAGAACCACAAGAUGGCAGGGCAGACGGUGGUGGACGGCAACGGCAAGGAGAGGGUCAUUGUGAAGACUGACGGCGCAACGUUUGGCAGCUCUCUUCCGGCUGUGCCCCCUUCCAUGCUGCCGCAAAAGCGGAGAAAGAUGGAGUCACCUGUGGGCGCCAUGGCCGGGAAAAUGCCGGCCGCGUCGGACACUAUCAGUAGCGAUAACUUCCGCGCACGGAUCCUGGAGCUUAUCGAGAGCAAGAUUCAGUUCGAUAUGGACCAGCGUCAGAAGGAGACGGAGCUGCGCGAACAGGAGUUCGAGCUGCAGAAGCGGUUCUUGGAGUAUUUACAGUCGAAAUAGGGCGGUGGACAUAGCGGGCCUGACGGGAGUGAGCAAUGAGGUGGCAAAUGCCACAAGUUGUGAAAGUCUUGGCAACCGUGUAAGAAGAUCCUGGGCCUGAUGGCUUUGUGUACUGAAUAGCGACAGGCUGCAGGCGAUUUUUUUUGUUUUCAGGGUGAAGUGCUUCAUUCAUGUUAUCAAACCUCAGGCUUCACGAUAUGCGUGGCUAUUCUACGACUUUGCAGUCCGCCUGGUUGUCCUCGAGGGCUUUGGCCUCCUCCUGCAUGCUUUGAAGCAGCUUUGCGAUGUUCUGUUUGAGCUCGCACAGCUCCUCUU